AUGGCAGCUCAUAGUUCCUAUAAGCAGGCGUUCCAUGGAUUCCAAGCAAGUGAUUCAUCUGUAUUUAUAACUUCCAUCGUACCACUUCGUUUAGUAUGUGACACAGAUAGCAAUAACUCGAAAAUAGUUUGGCAGAAUCCUCGCCCGUCUUCUACGAGAUACUGCAGACCUCUAAAAAUUGCUAUCAUAAAAGAAUCAUCAGAAGUUUCUGUCGCAGAAAAAAAUCGUGUAGAUACUGAAAUACAACAGUUGCAGAACAGUAAAUUAAACUUAAACAGUAGAUCUAUUUCAGUCAGUCACAAUAUGAUUUUUGCAAUGAUAGAUGGCAAUAUUUGCAAUGCUCUCACAGAAACAACAUCUACACAGAAGUGUUACAUUUUCGGAGCAACGACAAAAGAUUUUAAUGAUAUUGAUAAAAUGAUUAAUAGAGAAAUAACAACACAAAACUUACAAUUUGGAAUAUCUGUCCUACAUGGUUGGAUACGUUUUUUUGAGGUUCUCCUCCAUAUUUCCUAUAAAUUCCCAAUUAAAAAGUGGCAAGCUGGAGGUGAAGAUAAGAGAAAGGAACCUAAAAAGAAACUGAAAAACAUACCAAAAGAUGCUUUAGAUCUGUUAGUGCCUCCCACAGUCACAGAGUAUCAAAGUAAUGAAGGCGAUGACGACGAUGACUCAUUUCUUACUGAUUCUGACGACAGUUAA